AUGGGCUGGCUAGGCUUGCGGACCGCGCCGGUGCGAGCGGUGUUGAGGCAGUCCUCAUCGCGAGCGGUUGUGGGAUACCUGGCGGUGUCGACGGGCGCGGCAAGCGUGACGAGCGUGGUAGACAGCGUGAGCGAGUACAGGUUCCCACAUCCCCUCGUCUCGACGCAACUUCACCUCCUCCUCUCGCUCGUGGUCUUGACCGUCAUUUGCCUCGCUGCUCGGCUCCUCGAGCGUCUAGGGGGCGGCCGGCGAGCUUUGACCGGCGGGGCUGCUCAUGUUCACUCUUCCUCGUCCGCACGACUACUCGCCUCUCUCGCAUCACUCCUCCCGGCUCCGCCUAUCGCUUCGACUCUCUGGACACACCUCACGUCGUACACCAUCACGGCCGCCCUUUGCUCGACUCUCGCUGCUCUUCUCGACAUCCGCGCCCAUCGAACCCUCAAUCCUUCCUUCUGGUCCUUCGCCCGGCUCCUCCCAAUUCUGAUCACCGCCUUCGUCACCCUCGUAUCACCUGCGCGUCUUCUACCCUCACCAUUGACGAACGCACGAACUGCGGUGCCCGGCCUUAUCGUCGCGGCGACGCUCGCGGGUGGAGCGGGUAUCUCGACGGAAGGUGGACGAGGCGGAUGGCCUUGCGCGGUUGGCUGGGCGAUAGCGGUAACCGGGUGGGUGUUGGCUGUUCAGACGGGAACUGAGCAGGCGGAAGAAGGAGAAGUUGCGGCUCGUAGGGCGACGGACGACUCGAUCGAAGGGUCAAGCUCAACUGCGCCGCCUACUAUCUUCCUCCACCUCCUCCUGUCCGUCCUCCUCCUCGCCCUUCCGACCGCUCUCUCGGGCGAAAUCGCUUUGAUUCAACGUUACCGACAUUAUGGCUUCUUCACCGAGAUUGGCUUCUGGCUGCAAGAGGUCGUUACGUCGCUGUGCGGCCUGGCGAACCUCGCGGCGUUCUGGCACCUCAUCGCUAACUGCGACGCCCUCACUACCUUCCUUGCCGUCGGCAUCAAGGACUUCGUCCUUCCCCGCGUCUUCAACCUUCUCCUCGACAACCCGCUCGACUCCCUCUCGCUCGGCGAAGCGACUCUUUCGACGCGACAACAGCUCUUCAUCUUUGCGCUGGUCGCAGCGCUCCUCUUUAUGUCGCGGCUUGGAGCGGAAGAGGGAGAAAGCGGUCGAGGAAGACGAAAGGAGUGA